AUGAGGUCUUUCGUCAACUCGAGGUCGUCACUGUUGUGGAUCAAAGCCUUGCCGUGCAUGAUCCUUAACGUCCGCGUGCAAAACUACGCCGUCGAUCCAAUCUUGCGGAAGCUAAUGAGUUCUAUGGACCUCUUCCCGAACCUACACACGGUUCAACUAGAUCUCCACACCCCCUUCGAGUAUUCCGCUUUGAAGAACAGCCUGUUCGCCCAGCAUGUAUACCCUCAAAUCCGCAAUCUCGCUAUUUCUCGGGGUAGCGAGAACUUCAUUGCUUGCUGUCCAGGGCUGAAACGUUUCCACGCAAUUGGACAGUGUGCAUGGCAGGCCCUGCUCAAAACAGUCUGCAGAUAUCCUCAAAUUGAAGUUCUCGGCGCAAUGCUGUUUGCUGAUUGUACCGUUGGUGAUGUCAUACAGCACCUUCCAAAUCUUCGGGACAUAACGUUAGACCGUUUCAUUCUUCGCAAGGGAUUAGAUCCACUAAUGCCCUUCUCGGAGCUCCCUAAACUGCAAACAAUACGCCUUGAGAUGAAUAUAGAGCCAUGGAAGAUGGGCGGGUACUCGGGAAAUAAUUAUGUCAUGAGGUUACCCCCGGCGACUGAGGACGAAAUCGCCCAAUGGAUCCAGUGGGCAAAGCGAAUUUUGACCAACGUCGGGCAGAAGUAA